CUUCUCGGCGCCGGGCGAGACCAGGCUAAGGCCGGCGCGCAGCCCGGGAGGGGGGACAGAUUUGUGCUGGAACCAGAAGACAUUUUAUUAAGCAAGCUUAAAAAUCCCAGUGGUGUCCUGCAGCCACUGAAGGCAUGAUCUGUUUUCUUAAAAAUAACUGGGAUUUUACGCUGUUGGCUUGCUUCACACACCAGAUACAAACAGAGCAAUGUCCUACGUUUUUGUAAACGAUUCUUCCCAAACCAAUGUGCCCCUGCUGCAGGCUUGUAUUGAUGGAGACUUUAACUAUUCCAAGCGGCUGUUAGAAAGUGGCUUUGACCCAAAUAUUCGUGACAGUCGUGGCCGAACUGGGCUCCACCUUGCAGCAGCCAGAGGAAAUGUAGACAUCUGUCAGCUGUUGCACAAAUUUGGUGCUGACCUCUUGGCCACUGAUUAUCAGGGUAACACAGCCCUUCAUCUGUGUGGGCAUGUGGACACCAUUCAAUUCCUAGUUUCUAAUGGACUCAAAAUUGACAUUUGCAACCAUCAAGGUGCAACACCACUUGUUCUGGCAAAACGAAGAGGCGUAAAUAAAGAUGUCAUUCGAUUGCUGGAGUCUUUGGAGGAGCAAGAAGUGAAAGGUUUUAACAGAGGCACUCACUCUAAACUGGAAACUAUGCAGACUGCUGAAAGUGAAAGCGCAAUGGAAAGCCACUCCCUCCUUAAUCCGAACCUGCAGCAAGGUGAAGGGGUUCUUUCCAGCUUCCGCACAACAUGGCAAGAGUUUGUGGAGGACCUGGGCUUCUGGAGAGUGCUGCUCCUCAUCAUUGUUAUUGCCCUUCUGUCUCUUGGAAUUGCAUACUAUGUUAGUGGGGUACUUCCUUUUGUAGAAAAUCAGCCUGAACUGGUCCACUAAAACCACUGUAAAAGAUGCAGUGGGUUCUUUUUCUCUGAGGUCUUAUCUUUCUUGUGAGCCUCUUAUAAUUCUCUUCUCAGUGCAAGCAGUGGCAGCUGUAUAUACUGUUUGCCUUUUCUGUGUACUGUUAACCCUUUUAGAAAAAUGAAUUCAUUUAAGCUAACACCACAAAAAUGCUAAAACAUUCCCAAGCUACCUCUUAACCUGUUUUUGACUUUUAAGCAAGAAGUCAAUAGUAAUCUCUGUAGUGAUUAUAAAAGGCCCUUCAUAAAUGAAAAGCAAAUCUCUGAGUCUGAAAAAUACAGGACCGUAUCAUCUUAAUUUAAUUUUUUUUUAAUCUGUUGACUUUUCCUGUUUUUUUCAGUUAAACUAAAAAUAUUGUUCAAAAAGUCUACCCACAUUAAAUUGAACUAAUACAUAAUCACUAAUACAUAAUUUGACAUAUAUGUAGCACUAUACAGUAGGUGCAUGGUUUCCUAACGCACUCAGUGUUUUCAUGUUUCUGUUUUUAUGAAUAACAUAGAAAUUAUAUUUCAAAGAAAUAAGAAGCAUUUCAAAUUACAAAAUCUCUCUUAACUUUCUUUGACAUAUUUGGAUCCCUUUUAUGAUAAUGUCUUUUCCAGAUUAGUUUGGGAGUUGUUAGCAUCUAUUUGGAAAUAAAUCAUGUAAAGCGAAGCUAUUCAUAGUGCUUUUGGAAGAAAAUCUCUUAUCACUAGACUUUAAAAAAUGCACCUUUUCAUUUGAAAUAUCUUUAAGGAAGCAUUUUCUUUGUAAAGGUAGAUGAAAAGUGAUCUAAACAUGUUCUACAUAUGGACUUCUGUAGUGUUAUCUUUGUGAAACAUGGCUUUAUGCCAGGUAGUGUGGUAUUCACAAAAAUGAAUAUGUUUAUUUCAUUUGCAGUAUUGUGGGAGGGCUUGAUUGGGACUUUUUUUUUUUUUUUUACUGUCAGAUGUUUUCAGGAGGUACUUAAUACCUGGCAGAGAAUUUUCAGCAUUAUGUGUUGCAGUAUAUGCAUUAAAAACCUCCAUGUGCUUUGCUCCAGCAGUGAGGACUUUUUGUGUUAAUGACCAAAAGAUGUAAAUCUGAUUAUUUAGUACUCUUUUAUGGAAACUAAGUCAAUAAUAUUCAUUAAAACUGAAACUUUUUAAAGAGUACCAGCUCAUUCUCAGUUUAAGUGUCAUUUAAAUACCUAACACCCUUAGAAUAGGAUUUUCAAAGGCACUUCAGUAAAUUUUGCAGACUGUAAUAAAACAACGAAAGUUGUUGUUUUUCAUUUUUACUAAAACAAUAUAUAAUUAUUACUAGCUGAGCUUCACAAGACGCUACUAAUCUUCACAAUAAGAUUUGUAGAAUUAGAAAUGACAAUUGAUGGCUAUAACUGAAUCUCUGCAUUCUGCUAACAUGUAUUUGUUUUCUUGGUUGUUCGUGAAUAUUGGCUGAGGAGGCUUCUUAUCUCUGCUGCAUUGUGGUCUUUGCUGAUGCAUCCAUUCUAAAUUGCUUCUGAGAAAUUCAUAGUCUUAUUUUGCAGUUUAAAGCAAUGAAACAGCAUUUUCUCUGAUAGCACAAAUGCAGCAAAGUGUCCAAAAACAACAAAAUUAACUUCUUUCCUAAACAGUUACAUUUUCUGUAUAUGUGUUUGUGAAUAGAAAAACAUAAGCUAAUAUAUAUAUAAAUUGCAUUCAGUCCUGUAGGUAAGUACAUUUCUAUUAUGAAACCUCCAUAUCUUAUAUUAAAUAAUGACAUUUUCCAUUAUAAACUUUCAUUGUAAUUUGUAAUUGUUUCUGAGUAUGGAUGAAUGCUACAAAUAAACUAGUAUGACUAAA